UGCCGUCGACAGGUAGGAGAAGGGCACUAGGAGAAGAAGGAUUUAAGGGACACAUGAGGAUAAUAUAACCCACAAUAUUCAAACUUUUUAAUUUUUUUAAGAGAGUGUCCUUUGCACUGUAAGGAUUUCCCUCGACAUCUUUUGGGAAUAUUAUCGCACACGACGAAUGCGGACGUCCACCUCGAACAAGGGAUCAAGAAAUGGCACAUCUACACAUCCGAUACCUCCUGGCUCUGGCCUUGGUGCACACAGUAUGUUCCUCUGGUGUGUUCGAGUUGAAGAUUCAUUCAUUCCACACGGCGCAGCGCAUCUGCAGGAGACACAGGGACUGCCACAUAUUCUUCAGAAUUUGCCUAAAACAUCCAGAGGAUGUGAUCUCAGCAGAGCCGCCUUGCACUUUCGGCACCGGACACACCAACGUCAUCAGGGCCGACCGCACGUCCAUCUCCAGCAGCGCUCCCAUCAGGGUGCCCUUUCACUUCAAGUGGCCGGGAACAUUCUCGUUGAUCAUUGAAGCUUGGAACGCCGAAUCCCCCACCGAGUACACGGACAACCAGAACAACCUCGUGAACCGCCUGGCGACGCGGAGGAGACUUGCCAUCGGAGAAGACUGGUCCCAGGACGUGCACUUUGGCGAGCAGAGCGAGUUGCGCUACUCAUAUCACGUUUUCUGCGACGAGUACUACUUUGGAGACGACUGCGCGGACUACUGCAGGCCGAGAGACGACACGCUGGGCCACUACACCUGCGACGAGGAGGGCAACCGCAUCUGCCUGGAGGGCUGGAAGGGAAACUACUGCUCUGAACCCAUCUGCUCGGCGGACUGCAAUGAGAAGCACGGCUACUGCGAGGCCCCAGGGGGCUGUACGUGUCGCAUGGGCUGGCAGGGCCCCUCCUGCAGCGAGUGCGUCCGCUACCCAGGCUGCCUCCACGGGACGUGCGGCCAGCCGUGGCAGUGUAACUGUCAAGAGGGCUGGGGGGGCCUGUUCUGUGACCAGGAUCUCAACUACUGCACCAACCACAAGCCCUGCGCCAACGGUGCGACCUGCACCAACACCGGGCAGGGCAGCUACACCUGCACCUGUCGGCCCGGCUUUGGUGGCACCAACUGCGAGCUGGAAACCAAUGAGUGUGACAGCAACCCCUGCAAGAACGGAGGCAGCUGCAAUGACCUGGAGAACGACUACUCAUGCACCUGCCCACAGGGUUUCUACGGUAAGAAUUGUGAGAUCAUCGCCAUGACGUGCGCUGAUGGCCCCUGCUUCAACGGCGGCACCUGUGUGGAGACGAUGACUGGGGGCUACACCUGCCGCUGCCCCCCCAGCUACACCGGCUCCAACUGCGAGAAGAAGCUGGACCGCUGCAGCAACAGGCCCUGUCUGAAUGGUGGCGAAUGUCUGGAUCUUGGUCAGAGCAUCUUGUGCCGCUGUCAGGCAGGCUUCACCGGCGCCAACUGCCAGGUCAACGUGGACGACUGCGCCUCAAGCCCCUGUCAGAACGCUGGUACCUGCCAAGAUGGUGUGAAUGACUACACCUGCUCCUGCACCCUGGGGUACACCGGCAAGAACUGCAGUGUGCGCUCGGAUGCUUGUGGGGCCCGUCCAUGCCAGAACGGUGGAACCUGCUUCACCCACUUCACUGGGCCAGUGUGCCAGUGCCCAAAGGGCUUCAUGGGUCCAAGUUGUGAGUUCACGCUUCAGCCCAGUUUCAAGCCAGCCUUGCGCCAAACCUCCCAGUCCUCCUCCGCCACCCUCACCAUCUCCUGCAUUCUGGCUGUUCUGGUGCUGGUUCUGGCGGCAGGCAUUGUCUUCCUGAGGAAGAGGAGGAGACUGCAAGGAAGAAAGCAGCUGAGCGACAGUGCAGUUUACAAUGACUUGGAGACGGUCAACAACGUGGGAGGAAGCGAGAGGGAAGCCUUCCUGGGUGCGAGCGGCCUGUUCAAAAUCAGCAACAGCACAGCUCGCCUCAGCCUCUCCCUCUGCCCAGACGACAGGUCUGGGUACAGGCACAACCCCGUGGAGAGCGGCGUGGCCAGAGGUGAGCGCCAGGACUUCAUGUGGAGGGACGAGGCCGGUCCGGGCUCUGGAGCAGGGAUGAGAUGAAACAGAGAGUUAACAUGGAUGUUCAAACAGGGGAAUAAGAAAAAUAGCACUUGUUACGUCUCUCUCGUGCACACGACGGGGGGGAUUCGUGAGCUGCUGGAGAUAAUUAUCAAUGUUUUUUUAUAAAAAAAAAAUUUAAAAAAACAAGAAACAAAAUAUUGACAAAUGAACUAUACUGAUGCAGAUGAUUUACAAAGAUUAUUGGAAAACUUCAUGGGGCAAAGCUCUUCCAUGUGUAAGACCCAAAGAGACAAAUAACACGAUCCACUUUUCAUAGGACCUACAACACAAACCAAAUACAGGAAGUCACAAUACCCUGACCACCUUCGGAAAACCUGCCCAAAACUAUAUUUGAAUGGGUUAUUGUCUUUAAUAUGUUUACUUUGUUUAAUUAUUUAUCCUUUUUUUUUUUCAAACACAGAAUUUUUGUUUUCGCUUUUCAAUCUUCCUUUGCUCAUUUUUUCCUUAUUGUGCGUACCAUCAUUUUGUUUCUUCUUUAUAUUAUUUAUUUAUUUAAACACUUUUACUUUGAUUGUCACAGAUGUAGAGAUAUAUUUAUAUGAUGCUGAAUGAUGCCUGCUGUCGGACGUGGAUUGUCUUAUGGGAUGUGCAGGCUGGCAGGAAAAAGUGCUCUAUCACACAGUCAGCCAUUACUGUAUUUUAAAUAUAUAUACACAUAUGUAUAUACAUAUAUACAUAUGUGUGUAUAUAUAUGUGUGUGUGUGUAUAUAUAUAUAUAAUACUACUGAUCACAUUGCUCUUUCAUGUGCCAUUUUGAUUUCAUGCCAAAGUUUGUUAUGUUACAUGUUUUCAUUCACGUUAUUUAAUUUAACUGUGUGGUGGUUGUGAUGUGGAAUAAAAGA